AUGCUUGUCAGUGACGUUUAUCUACUGAACGUAUUACUGGCGUCUUUUGUCGCUUGCUUCCACGCCAGUCGCGAGAUUUUAUGGUUCAAAGUGCAGUCUUUAUUCGAACAUGGAUGCACAGCCUUGGGAGACAGAUAUGCGGCUUUAGACGAACCGAACGAGCACAGGAGAAAUUUCUUGUCGAAAUUUUAUAGCCCCUUUUCGCUUUCAUCGCGACGAGUCACGAAGUAUGUGCAGGCGUUGUUUGCAUCCACGUUCGCGCUCUGUCUGGUUGCCGUGGAACUCACAUUAUGGCAAAUUGUGACGGCAGAAAGCGGCGAGCUCUCCGAAACAAAUGAUUUUGGCCCCCUCGUGUGGCUACUCGUGUCCACGGCCUUGGCAUUCAUUCUCGUGUUGGUACAACCUUUUCUUAUCUUGUCGUCCGUUCUGGUCAAGUUCUACGGCGACAGGCUGAAAUCGAGCUCUUUGACGCUGGUGUGUUGUGGGGCCAUCCUAACCUGGGUUUUAGCGCUGAACGGACUCAAUUGGGGGCCUUUUCGUUCCUCGACUAGUCUCCUUACUAAAAUUUCGAUAAUGGGCGUCAGCGUCAUGGCAAUGUUGUCCGGAGUGGCCUGUCUCUCCACGCCAUACUAUAAUUUUCGGUUUCUUUGGCGUAAACGCAUGGGUGGUAAGGCCAACUCCACAUCUCACCACAUCCCAAUGCUUUUUUUAAAUGAUGCGGCUCUAACAGCCAAAAAGCGUGAAUAUGAGACCCAGAUUCGAGACAGUUUGAUUGUUUUACAGAAGCUCGAAAAGGUGUCAGAACCAGCUCCUUCCACUUUGCGGCAGCAACUCUUUGACAGGAUAAGAAAGUACCAGUUGGAGCUGGCGAAACUGCAAAAACUCUCCAACGACCCGAAGACAAUGCGUAUUUUGAAGUGUGGUCUUCAACUUGGAUUUUUAAUAUAUUGCAUCUACAAAUUGGGUUCCACAUUUCUACACAGAAUACCUGCGUUAUGCAUUCAUGCCAUCAAUUAUCCACAUGAUUACGACUAUGAGAAGUUCGGGAAAAGCUACGCAGACGGUGCCAGAUCCGGCGACCCACUUGCAGUAACUCUGGCCAAAAUGUGCAAUUUCCUGUUCUUAGGACUUAAAGAAAAGCAACAGCAUGAUUCUCUCGUCAAACAAAUUUCGUUAGCCUUGUCGUUAUCGCUAUUCGGUUGCUCCGUAUCUACCGUUACAACAACGAUAUCGUAUCUCACCACACUGCUGCCCCUCAGGUUUCGAGUGCUGGCCAAAAAAACGAUGAGUGAGAAUUCGGCCGAAGAGCUUCUUCCAACAAGCAACAAACGCUCUUUCAAGGGCAAUACAGACCCAUCGAUUAUCAAAAAUCUUUUGAUAUCUGAACUUACAGGCAUUUACGUUCUCGCAACGAUUCUUAUGGUUCGCUCUAAUUUGUCGAGGGGUGUUGCGGAACGGCUAAACCAGAUGUUAGGAGAAAAGUUUGUUGUCUCCUACAUAGUUCUCGAUGCGUGGUUUGACAAAGUGUUUGCCACAACUGCAGUUUUAUCAUUCAUCGGCAUCAAACUCGCAGAAAAGAAUGCGGUUUCUUGA